AUGGGCGUCUGGGCACGAUGCCUGAUGCAGGAGGUGGGUGGGUGGGUGGCAAGGGACUGGACCGCUGGCUCUGGUUUGUCCAGACUCCUGAUAAGUCAGUCUCCAUCCAGCGUCAGCAAUCAUGGUCCCUCCCGUGCACUGUGGCACUGCACUGCGUUUGCCUGGACGGCCGAAUCGUCUCUCUCUGUGCAGCCGUCUGCAUACUUGCAGGUUUCGCCAACGAUUCUCGGCCUUAGAAAGGGGAUCACGUACGCAAGCACGCAGGGCACACGAAUAUGCAGUGCUUGCAUGGUCUGGCAACGUGGACAGGCUCGGGCCAUCGAACCUUUCUCCAACUUUGCAGACCAGCCAAUUCCUCGGGAGUGCCCUUGUCUGCCCAAACGCCAACACCGGCCGGCAGGAGAACGGCAGCAACGGAAAACGGAAAAGGGGGAUGGAUGUGCAAGCAUCGCAUCUCAGUCGACCAGCCAGCCAGUCGCUAGUCCAUGUCGGUCGGUGUGGAUGGACCCUGAUCGUCCAAACCACCAGAAACACGCCAGUGGCGACAAGGCCCAGCCCGAAUCCCGACUGACGGAACUGCUCAUCCGACCUCCAGCAUUUUUCGCAUUGCCAACGUCUCUCGCGUGCUCCAUCCCCAAGUCUUGCGUGCAGAGGCACGGGUUUUACUCGGACGGGUCUGCCAUGCUCUGCCGUUUUGGGCCAGAGACUGGACCGAGGUCCCCUGUCCUGUCGGCAUCUGUCCGUCGCCUCACCGACCUCACCGCUUGCUCCGAUUCCGCAAUGCCCUCAUCUCUUCUCGGCUCUCCCGUCCCGUUGAGAACGAUAAUGGUCUGCAACAAUCUGUCUCGGACUUGCGUCCGUUGCUCUCUCUUCCGCUCCAUCUUGCGAGUUGCUUGCGCCCAUUCCGUCCUUUCGACGACCCCCUCCCGCCCCCCUACCCCCCACUUUCGCACCGGUGGAGGUGCAGUGGUCUGGAAUGCGGUGAAGCACACAGGACCAAGUGGUCGGAUCCAACAUGUGGAAACUGCCAUACCCGAAUUCCAUGCAUACUUUGGAAUCUCCAAGUUGGUUAACGGCUUCAAGACAUCCCUUUUUGCUCAGAACAGCUCUUCGGCUUUCCGUUAA